UUUAUUUUUACAGUGAAACUGUUUUUGUUCGGAUUUAGUAAUACGGAGAACGUUGUGUUUCGUGAAGAGUGUAGCUCAAGGAUUUUAUAUCAGAGUAUAAUAAACUACUUGAGUUUAUAACAAUUAUUAAUUAAGUCAGUCGUAUUAAUUAUUGAAAGAAAACUUAAUCAAAAUUCUAUAUUGCACCAAACAUUCGUAUCGGAUUCUAAUAAUCGAGAUGGAGGUGUUUAAGAACCUGUCAGUUGAGGAGCUAGUGAUCAAGUUGGGUGAAAUUGUUCAUGAUUGUGACGCUCUCGAAAAAUUGAGGCGUAAGUGACUUGUUUAAUUAUUUAUUUUUUGAAUAUUUUAUUUGCCAUGGAACGGUUGAAUUGUUUUCUCUGUCAUCGAUUAGUAAGUGGAGAAUUGAGCGGAUUAAAAAAUCAUUUUGUAAACGUUCAUGGGCUUACUGUAAGCCAGGGGGUCGGCGAUCGGGGAUUCAAAUGUGAUCAAGGUGGGUGUUGUCGAAGAUUUUUGAACUUUUCAUCUUUGAGACGCCAUAUUAAAAAAAUUCAUUUGCAUAAUCAACUAAAUCAUAACGACGAUAGCGAAAUGAAUGUAGAUAAUAACAACGACAAUGAAAAUGACAACAGAAAUGAUAAUAAUAUUGAUGAUAAUGAUCAUUUUCAUCCUAAUAAUGAUGGUGAAAAUAAUAAUAAUAAUAAUAAUAAUCGGGUGUUUGACAUGAGUUAUCACAUUGUUCGAAUGAUUGGUCGAUUCCAGUGUAAGCCGUCUAUGACAACUUCAACAUUGACAGAUAUCGUAGAUGAAUGUGAGGAAUUGUUAGUCAACACGUGUGAUUUUCUUAGAAAUAAAGUCAAUAAUUUUUUUAUUGAACAAGAUUUAAUUGGUAAUGAUGAAGCUAAGGACAUUUUAAAAGCAUUUGACUUAUCUAAUGUUUUCGAUGGUCUCAGAAGAUUUGACGGCCAAAUUACAGCUUUAGAACAGUCUUGUCAAUAUAUUAAGCCCGUUGAAAUUCCACUUGGACGGCGAAUGGAUAAUAAACUAAAUAGAAUUACUGGUACGUAUCAGCCUACAUCGGUGAUGGAUACUUUUCAGUAUGUACCGAUCAUAGAGACUCUUAAAUUAGAUAUUUAUAAUCCAAAUGUCCUAGAAGCCAUUCUGCAUGAACAAAAAUCACCAGAAGGUAUACUAAGUUCUUUUCUCGAUGAACAGCAUGCAGAAACUCACGAAUUCCUGCAACAACAUCCGCAUGCCCUCCGAUUACAACUUUAUUACGAUGAGUUAGAAAUAGUGAAUCCUCUAGGAUCCAAAACUGGAAUUCAUAAAUUAGGAGCUUUUUAUUACAGUAUUCAAAAUAUACCACCACAAAUAACUUCUGAUUUGAAUUCUAUUCAUGUGCUUGCUUUAUGUGCAGACGUUGAUGUGAAAAAGUACGGAUUCAAAGCAAUUCUGCAACCUUUCUUGAAUGAUCUGGAGGAGUUGGAAAGUGAUGCAGGAAUACUAGUGAAUACAGAAAAUGGUCCUUUUAUUUUAUGAGCAACUCUUGUUGCUUUCAUUGGAGAUGGUCUUGCUGUACAUGAUGUAUUCAAUCUGUUAGGACCAUCUUGUAAUCAGUUUUGUCGACUAUGUAUGUAUUCAAGAGAGAAUUUACAUGCCGGAAUUCUUCAACACGGUCAAGAGCGUACUCUAAAUUUAUAUCAGGAGCAUUUAGAUCUGUUAACUCGUAAUAAUUUUUCCGAUCAACAGCUACAGGCAUGCGUGGAAAUAGUUGCUUAAACGAAUCUAGAUAUUUUCAUAUAACCCGUAAUAAAGUAUUCGAUCCUAUGCACGAUUUUCUAUGUGGUAUUUGCCCAAUGGUCAUAAAAUUGGUUCUUAAACAGUACAUAUUAGUUGAAAAAAAAUUUGAUACUAAUUAUUUAAAUGGGAAUAUAGCAUCAUUUCAAUGGGGAUUUUGUGAAAAUGUGAAUAAACCUUCUGCUAACUUCACCGAUUCUAUGUUAAGAAAAAAUGAUCAUCUAUUAUGUCAAAAGGCGAUGCAAGUUUGGUGCUUGAUUCGCGCAUUGCCAUUUUUACUGUUUGAUAAAGUUGACAGUGAUGAUAAAUAUAUGGCCUUGAUAAAAAAUUUACUACAAAUCAUGGAAAUUGUAUUUGCUCCGAAGCUUUUUUGUUCACAAAUGCCUUAUCUUGAUGCUCUAAUUAAACAGUUUCGAACAAGUUUCCAAAACUUGUUUCCUGAUAUUCAUGAAAUAAAUAAAUUCCAUCAUUUAUCUCACUAUCCUGAAUGCAUCUUGUGGUCUGGUCCAGCUAUAAACUAUUGGUGCAUGCGUGAAGAAGCUAAACAUGGUGUUGCAAAAGCUAGAGCUCAGGCUGUCCGUAAUUUCAAGAACCCUCCAAAAACUUUGAUAAAAAUAUUUCAAUGUGGACAAAGCGCGAAAUGGGGUGGAAAAGAUGUUCAAUUAUUUCGAUUACAAUCAUUUUCUCGGAAAGAAGAACUAGUCGAUUCCACUCUGAGCCGACAGUUUCUGUUACAAUUAAAUUAUGCAAUAAAUGACAAAGUACUUUCUGUGAAGUCUGCAAAAAUAAAUGGUGUAGAAUUUCGCCUUGGAUUAUAUGUAUGUUUGAAAGUAUCAACAGUUCAGCCUAACAAUUUGCCAUUAUUUGGUAAAAUAAAAGAACUAGUUAUACUUAAUGGUACAGAAAUUUAUUGCUUAGUAUCUACUUACAUAACAGUAGAUUUUGAUGUGAAUUUACACGCGUAUUCGAUUGAACAUCCCCAUGAAACUGAUAAUC